UACCUUCCUGUACUUGCACGGGAUAUUUCUAGAUUAAGCUAUUCACUCCCUGAAAUGCUUGCUUAUGUGCCGCAGGUUACGAACAGGCGCUCUCGAAGAUGGUUAAAUGAUCGAUUGUUGGUGGAACUUGUUCCUCGCUUGAAUGCAGAAGAAAUAAGAGGCUUAUUUGCUCCACCACCAUGGGGUGAUGAUGUGCCACCACUGGCAUUUUGCAUGACAAACGUGGGAGAAUGGGACAAAUUUAGGAACAUAGACAUGGAUAAAGAGGCUAGAAUUAUCGGCAGGUUAAAUGAUUCAUCUGCAAAGAAGAAAUUUCAUGCUGAUGCUGAUAAGGUGGCUUUCUUGAGUGCAUGGAAAAGAAUUGAUUAUCGAACAAGGGAUGUACUUCGCCGUAGCUUCCUUUCAGAUCUUAUUGCAGGCUAUGAGGAUUGCAUACGAACCUUUAUCAAGGAAAGUGGAGGAGAUGUCCUUGCAUUACAGGUCCAAGAUCCUUUCCAUAGAUUGUUGCUGCACGGUGUCUGUGAGUUCUACAACUUGGUCUCGGUAACAGUAACACAGUCAAAGGAUGUGGAGUCGCUGAAGGUGACCAGGAUAAAGAAGAAGAAAACGGGUGUCGUUGAGCUCCCAAAUAUCACGUUGUCGAAUUUCCUGAUAAUGUCAGAGGAGGGCACUUGGUAGUUCUAGGGGUCAGGAACUGCCCCCCCCCCAUGUUCAUAAAUAAAAUAAGUUUAUGCACAAUGCUGCAUUUCUAACUUCAUGUAUUUCGAUGGAGUGCAAUUUAUUUGCUUUAGUCAUUACCUGUAAAUGUAGUUCCAUUGC